AUGUCCAAAUCAACCAAGUACCUCCUUGUUUCCCUCCCCUCAUCCAUCACUCCCUCGCACCACCGGGAUGAUGCCCUUGACGCCAUCACAACUACUGUCGCCGCGGAUAACGGCACCGUCGCUCCUUUUCCAAUUCCGGAAUUCAAGAUCGGUACCCUCGAUGCCCUUGUGCAACAAGCGGACGAGUUGGCCAAGCUAGAGGCUGCCUGUCAGGGUGUGGUCAGCAAGGUCGGCGAUGCGUUGAAGAAUAUCCUGGACGGUGACGAGGCGCAGAUUGAGAAGAUGAAGACGGUGAACGAUAAGCCUGUGGAUCAGUACCUCCGGACGUUCUCAUGGAAUAAAGUCAAAUACCGCGCCGACAGGUCGCUAUCUGAGUUGAUUGAUCUCUUACAAAAGGAAGCCGUCAGCAUCGACAGUGACCUCCGAUCGAAAUACUCGCAGUACAACCAGAUCAAGAAUACAUUGGCUACUCUUCAACGGAAACAAACCGGAAACCUAUCCACCAAGUCCCUUGCAUCCGUUGUUGAUCCCCGCAGACUCGUCCAGGACUCCGAAUACAUCGAGACACACCUCGUAGCCGUCCCAGCGCAGCAAGUGAAAGACUUCCUCAAGACCUACGAGACGGUAUCGCCCAUGGUUGUUCCUCGUUCCGCGAACUUGGUCGCCUCCGACGAUGAGUUUACCCUGUACGCCGUUACGACAUUCCGCAAGCAUAGCACCGAGUUCGUCCACAAGUGUCGCGAGCAGAAAUGGAUUCCCCGUGACUUCAAGUACGUGGAAGGCGGAAAGGAGGAGGAGCGUCGGGAGGUGGAGAGGGUAGGCGGCGACGAGCGCAAGCUCUGGGGUGAGACACUGCGACUGGGCCGGACGUCAUGGAGCGAGGCCGUCAUGGUAUGGGUACAUGUGCUUGUCCUCCGGGUAUUUGUGGAGACGGUGCUCCGCUACGGUCUUCCGCUGGACUUUGUCUGCACGCUUGUGAAGACACCGAGCUCGAAGCACGCCGAUAAAGCCAAGAAGAACCUCGAUGAUAAGUACUCGUACCUGGCCGGGAACGCAUUCGGACGAGACAAGAAGGGCCGGGUCAAGAAGGAGGAUCCGAACGAGAUGCAUGGCGUUGAGGGCGGUGGUGCAGACUACACGGCCUACGUGUAUUACGAUUUCGAAUUCAAUUGA